AUGGCUAGCCCACAGGUGCUAGUUUUCGAUGCUGAGGGCCGCCCAGUGAAGUUUGACACCUGGCUAGACGACCUGCACCUCUAUCUACAGCUCACAGCCAAGGAUGACAUCUCACUGUACGACCACGCCCUAGGCCAUGUCACUGCCCCUGCUGCUACUGCUGACAGCACUGCCCGCUCACAGUGGCAGACUCGUGAUGCCCACGCUCGCUUCGCUAUUCGCAACUCCCUGCCGAUAGACGAGCGCGAGCACUUUGGGCAGCACAAGACUGCACAGGCACUGUACACAGCUGUCGUUGCUCGCUACUCCUCACCUGCCUCUGCCGCGCUAGGCCGUCUCUCCCUCCCCUACCUGUUUCCCGACCUGGCCUCGUUCCACACAGUCGCUGACCUCAUCACGCACCUCCGUACUAGUGAGGCCCGCUUCCUCACCCACCUCCCUGACACUCUGCGUGCUGUCACGGAUCACUUCCUAGCUCGCUACCCCACUGAGCUCACCAUUGCCCUCCUCGAGAAGGAACUGCUUGCAGCUGAGGCUAGCAUCGUAGCUGUAGGUGCCUCUCGUGGCGAACCCCGUACCCCAUUCUUUGAGGGGUGUUCUCCUUCCCCCCUUCUUCCCUCUGUCGCCUCUGCUGCUGCUGUCGACCUCCUUGGUGCUGAGAAGGUCGGGACUGCGUCUGCUUCGAGCGGGCGCCGCAGCGGCAAGGGCAAAGGGGGCAAGGGCGGAGGUGGUGACGGCGGGGGAGGCGGUGGUGGGGGUGGUGGCGGCGGUUGGGGUGGUGGUGGGACUGGUGGGGCUAGUGGUAGCGGUGGGGGUGGUGGCGGCAGCGGCGGGGGAGGUGGCAGGGGCGGAGGCGGUGGUGGGGGUGGUGGUGGACGCGGCGGCGGCAGGGGUUGGGGUGGUAGAGGAGGUGGCGGCGGCGGUGGUGGUCGUGGAGGCGCUGGCGGUGGCUAG